AUGGCUGGUGUUGAAAGCUUGAAUCACCCAUCCUUGGCCAUUGAUGAAAUUCGCAAACAAUUUAAUUUCCCAAAAGUAGAAUUACAUAUACAUUUGGAUGGAGCUGUUCGUCAUCAAACUUUACUUGACCUUUCCAUGGAAAAAAAUAUUGAUAUAAAUGGAGCUAAAACAGUUGAAGAAAUACGAGAUGCUGUGAUUGCACAUCAACCUGCAAAUUUAUCAAAAAUGCUUUCAGCAUUCGAUUUAUUCAUACCACUUAUAGCAGGUGACAAGGAUGCUAUUGAACGAAUUGCCUUUGAAGUGUGUGAAGAUGAAGCCAAAAGUGGUGUGAUAUAUUUUGAAGCUCGUUAUUCACCUCAUUUAUUGUGCAAUACAGUGAAAAAUACUGCUGCAACUUCUAAACAUGGAGUUUACACCAAAAAAGGACUGGUAAAGCAACUAAUAUUUUGAUA